AUGACCAAAAAGCUAAACUCAUUGAAGCCAGAGGAGGCAGAAUCAAUAUCCAAAUGGGCGAUUGCCACCAAGUCCUUUAUAGACAGGAUACCUACCAAUAAUGCGUCGACAUUGUCAUCAAACGAACAAAUAACAACAACACCACGAAAACCACCAAGUAAAGAUAUUGAAGACGACGACGAUCCAUCUCCUAUUCCUCCAUCGACACGUACAUCCAACGAUGGAUCCAGUCAUGCUCAAGUAUUGGAACAAACCAUCGUACAUUGCGCAGUGCAAUUAGUUCCAGUGCUGGGGCAUUCUAAUCCAAAGACGAGAGCUAAAGCAGUGGCAAUGCUCUUUCAACUGGCUGUUUUACUUGAUCCCACUGUUGCUACACAACAGAGCAAAGUGGAUCGUGUCUCAACCGCGUUGCAAGUUGAUGAACGAGGAUACCAUGGUCACAUACACGAACUCUUCCACUACCUCGCAUCUCCCAUGUCAUGUAUCGCAUUACCAAUGAUAUCUGGCCUCGAAUCGCUCUCAAAAAGCAGUAACUGGACUACAAGAGGUGCUUCUAUAUCUGCCAUGACACGUAUCCUAUUUGAGAACGAGAAAAUGUUUGGACAGGAUGAUCAUUUACGAGUUGUGUGGAAUUUGUUCUUCACUUUGGGAUCAAAUUCAAAGCAUCGUUUCUUUCCUGAUCGGAUUGUUGUCAUUAAGGCAUUGGGUCUCCUCGCACCUUUAUAUUGUUUGUCGGAUUCUAGCUUGACGCAACAGAUUGUUAAGGUGUUGCUGGGCUUAAAAGACAAGACUUCCGCGGAAUCAGAGGCCAUCAAAGGCACAUUGAAGAAAGUGUUUGAUAAGCUUGGAGAGUCUGCCAAUAAAGAUCCCAAAGCUUCUGGAUACCAAAUGUUUUCAGAUCUAUUACAAUCUCAGUCGGAAUCUGCUCAUGAUCUGCUACCAUGGGCGCUAGAAACAUACACGACCAGUCUAGUACCAUCUCUUCGUGAAAAAGGAGGUGGGAAGAAACCUGUGAUAUUGGCAGAAUCAGAUAUGAUUGCCUUUGUCGAAUUCCUAUCCACACUACAGAACCAUCUUCAAUCAGCCUCUCCUCUAAUCCGAUACAGUACAUGUUUAUGUCUCCAUACUGCCUUAACAUUAUGUCCGAGUCUGCUGUCGCCUAGCUCACCUUACACUACUAAAUUGGUUAUGGGUGUAGCUGAUCUGGACUAUUUGACCGCCUUCUUGUAUACGUCACUACUUCCCAAGAUUACACAUUCGACACCUGAACUGAGUCAAGAUGUGGAGAAUGUUAUUGCUCAGUAUCGUAGACAGGAUCUAAUAGGGCAAUCGUAUGAUAAGCGAUACAUGAAGAAGGACGUUGAUGUCUCUCAUAACGCUAAAAGUAUCGACUUAUUCAUUAUACUGGAUGCAGUCAUCAAAUAUGUACCGGUGCCACCUAAAACGUAUCUGUCAAAGGCAGUGUCGUCUUUGGCAUCACUAAAACCAACACAACGUUUGAAAUCGCUUGAUGUGAUACGUGCGUAUGUGUCUCAGACACCACAGAUUGAUGUGGAAGUCAUUGAUGCACUGCUACCAUUAAUACAAACCUCUGAUUCUGUGCUGCAAGCAUCGGUGGUACAGGUGGCCAAAGCUAUUCUGCCUUCGCUUAGUAGAGCUCAGCCACAGGAUGUCUCGUUUGUGUGGCAUACAAUGCAUCCCCUGUUGCAAUCGUCGACGAAUGAGAAAACGACAUUGGCUAUGGUGGAACUGUGUAGUUGCUUGCCCUUGCAGCUGUUGAAUCAGAGUGACAGGACAGAGCUGUUGAUGUGUCUUUUCGACUUGGCUUUUGAUGCUCACGCUGGCGUUCGAGCAAAAGUAUACAAUGUCUUGUCACAGUGCGCCACAUUAUGGGAAACCGGUAGUGAACGUAUCACGGCUAUUGCAAUUCUAUUUCUGAGCUUGGGAGAUGGUAGCCUGGAAUGUGUGAAACAGAUAUCCAACUAUUUGACGACUUUUGAGCCCGUUAUACCAGCCUCGGUGCUAGAACUGGUCAAACUACUCCCAAAGGCAUCAGAAAGUGGACUCCGCGCAGUCCUGAAAGUCUAUGAUGACAUUGCCAACAAGAUAUGCAAUGUCCAGACCUCUUGUGCUCCAUUGGUUGAAGUCAUCACGGCUGACGAAUCUGUUGAUCGAUUUUGGGAAUUCUUCUUGUCUGAUGUGCCUGAAAAUCAACUUGUCAGGCCAGAUGAUUACUCAUAUACAAGGAACUUCGUACAGGCACCAUUUUGGAUUUCUUUGUUAUUGUGCAAAUUUAGGUUGCCACCACCACCUGCUUCUACCAGCGGUGAAGUUGUUGACCGAAGGAUUGUUCCUGCUUCUCCUGCCAGUAAAAGGAGAUUUGCAUGUGGAUUUAUGCUGUGUCUUAUGCCAACUGCUGGCAUGCCGGAUCCAAUUUUAAGAGUACUCGCUUGUGAAGCACUCGUAAGAUGUUGCUUUGGCGAUUACAAGGUCUUUCCAGGAGCGCUCAAAGGGCUGCUUGAAAACACUGCUGGUCAGAUGUUGAUUCAUAAGCAGUGGACAUAUCAGAGAUCGGCAAUUGACAUCGUGUCACUACUACUACUGGCUCGUUUGUCAAACGGCAUCAGUCAAAUCCUGUUUCAUCAGUACUUUGAUGUUGCUUUGGAAUGGACUGCCAAUGCUUCAUCCGCCAUUGUCAAAAUCGGAGCACUGAAACUUGCUGAAGUGUUUCUAAAAGUGUUUCCUAAAGCUACUGGUGCAAAGAUUGAAGAGUUGCGAGAUCGUGUCAGAACCUUGAUUGUGGACAAAGAAAACGAAAUUCGACGAUUGGCCUGUAAAUUAUAUCCCAUCAUUUUCAAGCAAACCCCAGCUGCUAUGAUGGAGGUUUCAUGGAAUUAUCUGCUAAGUGAAAUCAAAGUGAUUUCGAAAGGUGGAUUAGCAGCAGCAGCUGAUCCGUUAGUUGCAUCUUUGACUCCAGCUGAUUGUGAUCAUGUAAUCAGAACAAGCAUUAUUGCUAGUGCCUACCUACCAACGAACCCCGUACUGAGUGAUCAAAUUGUGCAAAGCCUGCUGCCGUAUUUGCAUCAUUCAAGUCCAGAAUUUCGUGUGGCUGCAAUUCAGUCUAUUCUGCAACAUACUUCCAGAUUGGAUAAAGAUCGUGUUGCUCCACUCAUGUGGAUUGUGUUGCCAUUGUAUGCGGAUCCGCAGUCACAUGUCAGAGUAUUGUUUGACCGAUUCCUUAAACGGCAGCCUCUGGUGCGGAAUGAAUGGCAUAUUGAUCCUCAUGGUGAAGACGACGAGGCUCUUAUAAAUGGAACCCUUGAAGACUCUCUUGGUGAUGAAUCUGUGAUAACAAGCAACCUGCAACACUUCACCGAUUUUGGAUUUUUGGAAGAUGGAGAGGAAGAUUUCUUUGAGUUGGGCACAGAGCAUAUGGCAGAGGGAUAUCCCAGACGACAGCCUCUCAUAUCGACUCAUCUAGUCUCUUCAUUGCGGCAGGUUGCUCAACUCAUAACUAGUGUCUUGUCGCCUGAAUCUGGCAGUCAAGUUGUUUAUUACCUGCAAGAAAUGCAAAAGAAUCGACAAUUGGAGGCUUCAACAAUUCUAGUGUUAUCUGAACUCUCAUCCAUGCUGGAAAGUGCCAUGCCAACUAUUGUGGACAUCAUGAUUUCGCAUCUAGCCAAUGAUGUGUCUCAGCACAGUAAUACUGCUAUGGAAGCUUGUUUGAUUGGCCUCCGAAACAUUUCAGAAAACUCUCCCCUUGCCUUCAAACAAGUGCUGGGUCGGUUGACCGCUGCAUCAGCAGUAACAAACGAAGGAGAUAUCAUUGCAUUAUUACAUAUUUCAGAUGUGAUUGCUGAAAAGGCAGCUCCUAAAGCUGUAGAUGUUUUGCGUCGAUAUGUGCCUGUGAUAUCCAGUGCUAGACACUCUAGUAGGAAACGGCGGUGGGCUGUAUAUCUCUGUGUCGAGAUGGCCCUUUUAGCUGGUGCAGACGAGAUGAUGAAACUGCUAGAUGCUAUUCAGGCGUUUAUGGAUGCUUACGAAGAUGAAGAUGACGAUAACAAUCUUAGGAUUCAUGUGUAUAGCUGCUUGUCGCGAAUCUUGGUGCAGCUGGGACCAAAGCACCCCUUUUUCCGUGCUCUUAUUGCAUCAGCCAAAAAAGAAGCUCGUCAUAAAGAUGUCAAGAUCCGAUUACGAGCUCUAUCCAUAUUUGAAAUCUUUAUCAAUCACAUGACUGGUGACGAAUCUAUGAACUUUGCAAUCUUGUUCCUAUCAGACACGGACGCCAGCAUUCGGGACGAGGCCAGAAGAGUGCUGGCUAUGGAGGGGUUGUUGGAGUUUUGUGCUACCAAAGUUAGGAAUCUGAGUGUUACUGCAAGUCCGUCUAGAAACUUGAGCGUCUCUGGAAGUGUGUCUAGAGGCUUGAGUCUUGCUGGGGGACUUGGGGCUCCAAGUGAAGCUGGAACAAAUCGAAGCCAAUUCUACGACCAUGGAGAUUCACGUGCUUCGUCAUCAGAGCUACUGAAUAAGGCGGUUGUGGUACCAUCGAGAGGAUCGAAAUGGAACGCGAGAUUUUAUGGUCUUCCAACUGGCGUGUCGCAACCACCAGCACCAUCAUCUGUGGUCAAAAAUCUGGAAUCUAAGGCGACACCAAGUAUGGCUUCUGCAUCUCCCGAUGUUGUGGCCAAGCAUUCUUGGGCUCUACACAUUGACCCUUUGGUCUUAUUAAAGGAAUGCUGCAAGCAGGCUACUCCUGUCGCCGAGGAGCUAGUUGAAAGUUUGUUGGUUGAAGUUGAACGAGCAAUACGAGAAUCCGGCGGACAAGAUGAAUCCUCGGAUGCUUCAGAUCUAGAAUCCGAAGUCCAUGCCAUCGAAAGCGCAGGGCAAAUUCUCUGUGCAUUGAAUGGAGCAUCUCACAAGGCCUCUACAUAUGUGGAUCGUUUGCAGUCUCUAUUGAAGUUGUGCAAUACGUCUUCAGAGAGCAUACGAGAGGCCUUGUUUGCUGAUUUGGAGAGUUCUUUCUUCUUUUUCGAUGAGACUAUGGAUGCCCCUAUUGUUUCUGAAGAGCAGUAUCAGACAUUCGAGGCCAUGAAGAAACUCUCACAAGAAGCUACUCAGGAGGUUGUCAAGACUGGCAAAGUUGAUAAAUUGGGACAGUUGGAAGCUAAGAGGAAUGAGUUGGUUGAUGUGAUUGAUACUGAGAGUGAUCGUAUCAGAAGAUUUACAGUCUUGUCAGUUCAUGGCACUAUUGCUUAUGCUAAAUACUUUGCUGCCAAUCCCAACACUAAGCCUAUUGAAGCGUUAGAGUUUUUGGAGACUUUGUCGUCUCAAGAACAUUGGGGCAUACGUAUGGCAGCUAUUGAAUCUAUAACCAUGAUUGCGAACGCACACGUUGCACCAGGCACUGGUGACAUUCAGAUCAAAGUAUCUAGCAUGCUUGGAGCUGUCGUAUCUCGCUUCGAAACAGAGAGGUCUACUCUGUUUAGAAGAAAAGUGGACUUGCUACACCUCAUGCGCCAUCUCCUAAACCAUUCUCGAGUAUCUGGCACCACAUCACCGACAUUAACGACCCGUAUAGUCGCCAUCCUGUUAGACUUGUGGACGGAUGUAGAUCAAGAAGUAAGAGCCGAGUCUAUACGCAUGAUGCAGCAGAUGCUGGAAUGGGGUGUACCAGAAGCUAUAAGUUUGUUUAGCUCGAGUAAUAGUAUGAGUGAUAAGGUCACGAUAUCUGGACAAGCGAGCAUGUUGAUGGCACGACCAGAGUAUGAGCAGAAGAAUGAGCUGCUGCAGCUGCUUAAGUGGGGGUUUACUCAUCCGAUGAGUAAAAGUCGUAGUCCCAGUAAAGUAUCUGGAAGUAAAACUGUGCUUGGUUGA